UGUCAGCUGCUACCGCUUGGCCACCAGCCUGUCACUGCGCCGCCUCUCAGCAGGGACAGCAGAAUGAAAGAAGUCAUGUCCAACAACAGCACCACUAGCAUCUCGCAAGCCAGGAAGGCUGUAGAGCAGCUGAAGAUGGAAGCCUGUAUGGACAGGGUCAAGGUCUCCCAGGCAGCCGCGGAUCUCCUGGCCUACUGUGAAGCCCACGUGCGUGAAGACCCUCUCAUCAUACCAGUGCCUGCAUCCGAAAACCCCUUCCGAGAGAAGAAGUUCUUCUGUACCAUCCUCUGACUCCGUUGGUGACGACGUGGCUCUUUUUUCUGUCCAUAAUUCCCUGGCAGAGACCGCAUGCUCUUAGCCGUAGGGAGUCCCAGCCAGCCCCGCCCUCCCCAACCGGGAUGACCAGGGCCCGCCUUCCUCCGCUGGUUUUCUUAGUUGCAUUCCAUUUCACGCCUUCUUUUCAUUCUCAUGGUAUUUCCAUCACUGGCAAAGCAAAUAGACAUUCUCGUAGCCAAAUAACACACGUGCCAAGUAAAAAUAAGUAUGGGGUUUAAGGUUUAAGUUUUGAAAGCAUCGAUUCCCAUCUUCAGGACAUCGAGCUCAUACAUUUCAGUGGCAAAUUUAUGGGAAAGGAAAACUGUACAUCCCUCCCUCCCCCCAUUCCCAAUAAUUCAGUAGCAAAUUAGAGCAUUUGGACCCACGGAGAUAUGUGGAUCACGUUUUCAUCUGGAAGUUCUCUAUCUCCUGCUUUUCCAUCAUCCUGUUAGAAAGGAAAUAACCCACAGCAUCAGACGGCUUUCCCAAUGUGUGUCUUCUCUGUGGCCUUGGGGCCCAGACCCCGGUGAGGACACAGCUCCCUGUUUCCCACUGAUUA